UGCGCAAUAAGAGGUGCGCACCGCCGGCGGUGCAGUGCUUCUUCCCAUCGCAAGCUCACCCAUCAGUGAAGACCAGAUCGAGAGCUAUUACGCGUUUUGUCCGGACGACCUCGGGAUGAGCACCCCAGAUAAAAAGGCAUUCCCAUACAAGAUAAUUCCUUUGGAUAGCGAAACACAAAAGGCUAUCGCGCGAGAUUUCGCCGGCUAUCCCAAUGGACUGGCUUCAGUUAACCACUGGGGCUUCAAGCUGUCUGCCACGUCCAGUCCGAAAGAAAUAGAAAACCUCUACAACUACCCAAGGAAGGCCGGGGAUGUCUGGGUAGUAACACCUCCGAAGUGUGGCACAACCUGGACCCAAGAGAUGGUGUGGCUCAUCGCCAAUGACUUAGAUUACGAUGGGGCCAAGACGACCCUGUCUGAGAGGUGGGAUUUUCUUAGGACUGGUGCGUUGACGGACGGAGAAAAAUAUCCUGAUCUGAAGACUACUCGGAGAUCAGAUGCCGCCUGCCAACAGUCAAGCGACAGCUCCCACUGCGCCCAGCCACGCUUCGUCAAAACGCACUGGCCUCUGUCCAUGAUCCAUCCGCGCGUGUUGAACGUCUGCAAGGUGGUGUACGUGGCCAGGAAUCCCAAGGACGUCUGCGUCUCCUUCUUCCACCACUGCAGACUCAUGACACACGUCGACUUCCUUGGAGAUAUGCAGAUGUUCGUGAAGUAUUUCAUGGAGGGCCUCAUCGUGGCAACUCCAGUCAUGGAGCACAUGGUAGAGGCAUGGAAUGUGCGUCACCACCCCAACAUCUGCUUCAUCUUUUUUGAAGACAUGAAACGUGAUCUCCAAUCAGAAAUCCGCAGGGUAGCCGAGUUUCUGGGCAAGUCACUCUCGUGUGAGCAAGUAGAUGAGCUGGCAGAGCACCUUCAUUUUGAUAACUUCAAAAAGAACCCUUACGUCAACAAGGAAGAAGGAAAGACGGCGGGCGACUUCCAUGCAGAUCGGGGCGACUUCAUAAGAAAGGGAAAAAUCGGUGACUGGAAGAACCAUUUCACGCCAGAGAUGAGUGAGAAGUUCGACAAGUGGAUGGCAGAGAAGUUAAAGGGCACUGAUCUUUCAUUCACCAUGGAGGAUGCGUGAAACAGGAUUGAUGUAGGACGUCACAUCAGUGCGUGAU